GUCUGUCUAGAUGUUCGUCUUCCUUUCGUUCAAUCUCUAAACUGUUACAUUUCACGAAAGCAGCAGCAGCAGCCCAAAUACCAUGGCUCCUCUCCGGAGCUCUGGUGGAUCCAAACCCUUCAAGGUGAUUAGUAUAUUUGAUCCAAUGACUUGGAGACGACGCCUGGAUCUGGACACUCGAACCUUCCUCAUGAUGUUGAAAGGUGCUUUGCCACCGACCAUUGUCAUUGCGAUUUAUCAGAGCAGCUCUAUAGCGGACAUUACCCUCACUAUCGGCUACCUCUCCGCUCUGAUCUCUGUCCUGUCGCAGGCUCUAAUGCCCCGCGCCAAGUUCAUGAAGAUCAUGUUCUUCGACCUACUUUCGACAUGCGUGUCCGCCUCGCUUUGUUGCCUGGCCAUAUUCUGUGCUGUCAAAGCAAGAGAGCAUAACACCCCCAAAGAUGCAAGCGAGAGUGUCCGCAAUGGCUUCAGCAGCGAUGCCUGCGCCGUGUCUGCUAUAUGGCUGAUAUUCAUGAUCUGGGGCGCGAACACAAUCCGUGCUUGGAAACCGCUCGAACUUCAAGACCCGAUGGUGGCAUUCUCCAUUUUUUGCUCGGUAACCAUCACCCGAGGUGGCACGUUCGUGACUUUAUCAGAAGGGCUGGGCUUUAUCAGCCGACUAUUGCAGGGGUUUAUGCUGGGAUUUGCGAUCUCUAUUGGCGUGUCUCUCUUCAUUCUACCGAUUACCAGCAGGGGAAACGUGUUUGAGGACAUCAGGGGCUACGUUGCGCAGAUCGACGCUGUACUACAAGCCCAUAUCGCCUUCGUCGGGAGGACUUCAGAAAUGUGGGCUGGCGGGCAGGGUCUAUUGAAUCGAACUCACGCUGCCAGGGGCAUGGAAGACACAGAGGAUAACAGAAAAUCAGAUAUGGAAUUGAAAAAGAAAGCUCUCGGCACGGCGGUAACGAAAUUGAAUGCCCUGCACGGAAAAUUGCAGUCUGAUUUGUUCUAUUCGAAGAAUGAGAUUGCCUGGGGAAAGCUUUCGGCCGGAGAUCUGGGCAGUAUUGGAGGCUUGCUACGAAGCCUUUUGUUACCGCUCUCCGGAAUGGCAAUGCUGCCAGAUAUCCUGGAGAUGAUUGUGAAGAAUGAGGGCACUCGCAAUAACAGCAUGGGUUCAUGUGAAAAUGGCAAUGGCGAGGAAGCUUCUACGAAACACACCGAGCUGGAGAAAGUUGCCGAGACGCUUCAUGAGAGAUUGGUAGAGUCUGCUCGUCUGGUCGUAGUCGGCUUGCAGUAUCUUCUGCUCAGCCUGGAAUUACAGAAAAGAAAACAUUUUGAGAAACAACACCGAGACCAAGAUGAGGAAGCAACAGGAGACAUACUUCAUCCGUUGCAGCAAGGCUUCACGGCACGAUUUCGACAAGAGAUUAGCCGGUACUAUUCCCACCGCAAAGACCUUACGAGAACACUAGCCUCUCUUGAGGCAUUUUCCGUUUCUGAAAAGACGGAUGAUGCCUCAUCGUACAAUGGCCGGGGACCCAUCGCAGCCGGUUCCGAUGUGAAGCAAGAAUUUUUCAUGAUUCUGUACAUGAGCCAUCUGCAAGACAACAUUUUGAAGGCGACUCUCGACCUGAUUCAAUUCGCAGAUGAGAAAAAGGAAGACGGCACGAUGAAACGCAACCGAUUCAUAUUUCCGAAACAGAAGACUGUUCUACAAUGGUUGUCUCUCGACUCCGAGGACAAUGAUACCAGUGCAACCGCUGAGCGACGGCAGUCUUCCCACGUUAGCCCCUCAGCCAGCUAUCAAGAGCGCGAAGCAAAGACAUUCCCAGAUCCCGAGCACCUGCCACCUGCCAACUUCUUUGAGAAAGGAAGCACGGUGCUUCGUGUGAUUUCAAAGGUGAUCAAGUCUGAAGAGAGUAUCUUCGGAUUCCGUGUUGCGGCAGCGGCAUUUUGCGUCGGUAUCUUAGCCUUCCUGCGUCAGACCCAGGACUUCUUCAUCCACCAAAGAUGUAUCUGGGCUAUGAUUGUUAUUGUGAUUGGCAUGAACCCAACCAGUGGACAAACGAUGUUUGGCUUUGUUGCUCGGAUCGCUGCAACUGUUGUAUCGGUGGUUUUGAGUUUGGUGGUAUGGUAUAUCGUGGAUGGAAAGACUCCAGGUGUUAUAAUCUUCCUCUACCUCGCCAAUGUAUUUGAGUACUACUUCUACAUCAAGGUUCCUCAAUACUUCGGCGCAACUGUCAUUGCGAUCGUCACUUUCAAUGUCAUCGUAGGAUACGAGCUACAGGUUCGCAAACUCGGAGUCGAGGUCGCCACCUCGAACGGCCAACCGUACUACCCCAUCUACAUCUUUGGCCCCUACAAGCUCGCAGCAGUCGCGGCUGGCUGCGCCAUCUCCUUCUUCUGGGUAAUCUUUCCCUACCCGAUUACCGCCAAAACUACUCUACGCAAAGCUCUCGGACGAGGACUCUUCGUCCUCGCGAAAUUCUACAGCUGCAUGCACACAACGAUCGAGCUCUGGUUCAACGGGGAGCUCGGUAGCCUGCAGGACGUGCGCUCAGCAUCCCAGGACCUCGACACCAUCCGGCACAAGAUCUUCAAAGAGGAGAUACUGCUCCUCAACAGCCUCCGCAUGCACAGCCACUUUAGCACCUUCGAGCCCCCGAUCGGCGGCAAGUUUCCCAGGCCAACCUACGACCGCAUCAUCGGCCAGAUCCAGCACAUGCUCACCAGCAUGGCGCUAAUGGCACACACCACGCAGAACCUGGACGCUUUAUCCAGUACUGACAGUUCCAACCCCCACGAUGCGGAGAACAAAUGGGUCUCGAGACUCGCCUCGAUCGCGUUGCAAUCGACGGGGUUCAAAUCACAUCAGGUCACUUCGCUGCUGUGCCAUCUGUCGGCGGCGAUGAUGAAUGCGCAGCCGCUGCCGCCGUAUCUGUCGACGGGGGACUCCUUUCCUCUGGCGCGGGAGCUGCAGCGCAUUGAUGGCGAAUUGUUGAGUAUCCAACAUGUGGAGGAUCCGGCGUUUUCUGCAUUCGUAUGUCUGGAGGUAUUGCGGUCGGUGUUGAGCUUCACUCUGGAUGAAUUGUUACGUGAUGUGCGUAGCCUUGUCGGGGAACUGAGCUUCGAUUUUCAUGUGCGCAAUGCGCGGGAUCAUUCGGAAUCGCAACGUUUGAUGUCGGAGGUUGAUACAGGGGAGUGACAUGUGCAG